AUGGACAAAGAGCGACUUAAUAAAAGCGGAAGAAUUACUGAAUCAAACUCUUCUAGCACACAGAUACUUCUUCUUAUCAUCAUCUUCACGGUUUUGGGAAAUACUUUGGUUUUGGUUGCGACCUGGAGAGAAAAAAGACUUCAUCAACCUAAUAAGUAUUUCGUUGCUUGUCUCGCUGUCGCAGAUCUUUUGGUUGGUAUACUCCUCGCUCCGACUAAGUUGUACAAAGAUUAUCAAUCUUACGAAUGGCUACCCUCCAUUCAUUUUUGCCGUUUUAUGGCUUGGAUAGAUACCGUCGCGUUAGCAGCAUCGAUUUAUACACUGACGUUCAUCAGUAUUGAUCGAUACGUUAAAAUCAGUAAGCCGCUACAGUAUAAAUCACGAAUGACAACAUCAACAUCAGUUAAAAUAAUUUUCAGUGUUUGGUUGAUUUCAUUUGGCUUGGGCACUUGUAUUUUGAGAAGAAGCAAUGGUAUUUUGGGAAGAAGCAAUGGUAUUUUGGGAACUGGUGACAGUUCAUGCAAUAAAGAAAAUAAGAACUUUUACAUUUUUCUGGCAAUAAUUGCAUUUUUUCUACCUAUUGUUGUCAUGAUGGUUAUGUACGUUCUGAUUUAUAUUGUCACACACAAACGACAAAAAAUGUUACGAAAUGGCCAACUGGGGCAAAUGUUAAACGAUCAGAACCAGCGAGCAACCUUUCUUCAAGAUCUUAAAGUUAUCCGUCUAUUUUUGCUUGUCAUUGGAGUAUUUAUAUUUUGCUGGCUUCCUUACUUUGUUUAUUUGUUCUACAUAUUUGAUCAUCCAAAUUUUUUUGAUCCCGAUAUCUAUAGUGCACUCAAUAUAAGCCAUUGGUCUUGGGUUUUGAUAAGUACAGCAGUAGCAUCUGUGCUUCCAUUGUUUAACAGUCUGUGCAAUCCAAUAAUUUAUGCUUGUCUUCAUGACCAAACGUACAAGAAAGCUUUCAAUGAUCUGUUUAAGCGAAUAUUAUGUCGGGCAAGGCGAGAACCACCAAAUUUAAACGAAAUUGAGUUUCGUAGUCAAAUAAGAACAUGA